UUCCCGUCUCUGCCUCCAGUGUACAACUUCAUCAAGUACCCACAAGGCUCACAAUCCCCAGAGGCAAGAGGAGAUGGUAGGAAGGUGAUUCAUAUUGCAAACUACACCGUCUCUGAAGGAUCUGUGGGGCUCUGGAAAGACCGACCUGAUAUCCUCCCUUCUCCUACCUUCUUAACGCUUAAGCGGGGUAUUUAAGGCAGCAGACUCAGUCUGGAUGGAUUUCAUUGCCGGGGCCAUUGGAGGUGGGCUAAGCACAGCAGUGGGUUAUCCGCUGGACACAGUGAAGGUGAGAAUUCAGACAGAGAGGCAUUACAACGGGAUUUGGCACUGCAUUCAGGAAACAUAUAGGACAGAAAAAGUUUGGGGAUUUUACAAAGGUGUGUCUGUGUCAGUGCUCACAGUAUCCGUGAUUUCUUCUGUUUCAUUUGGCACCUACAAAAACUUCCUUUGUACCAUCUGCAAGCUGCGGUACGGGGCUGCAGAGGCGAAGCCGUCCAACCUGGAUGUUUCUGUUGCUGGAGGUGCUGCCGGUGCUGUCCGGGUUGUGUUGAUGGCCCCGAGUGAAGUGGCCAAGGUUCGCAUGCAGACUCAGAGGAACCCACAUCCUUCUGUCACAUAUACCCAGCCUGUUUCCAAUCCAAAGUACCGAGGGUCUCUGCAUUGUCUGAAGGUGAUCGCCAAGGAGGAAGGUUUUAGGGGUCUCUACAAGGGCUGUUCUGCGUUACUCUGCAGGGAUUGCUCUUCUUCUGCAAUCUAUUUUCUUACCUAUUCUGCUCUGUGUGAGUGGCUCACACCAGCUGGGAAAAAUAAACCCGGUUUCCUUGUUGUGCUGCUUUCUGGUGGUUUUGCUGGAGUGCUGGCCUGGGGAUUAGCUACUCCCAUGGAUGUCAUCAAAUCACGGAUGCAAACAGAUGAAUCGGACCAGCACAAGUACAAAGGCCUCAUCCACUGUGCUAGGGAAAGUGUGAAAAAGGAGGGUGCAAAAGUGCUUUUCAAAGGACUGGGUUUAAACUGCAUUCGUGCCUUUCCUGUGAACAUGGUGGUGUUUGUAACGUAUGAAGCUGUACUGAGAUUUACAGAACGUUACACGAACAAAAAAUAGCUUGUGCCAGUCUGUUCAGAGGUGUGUUUUGUUUAGUUUUGGUUUUUGUAACACAACACCCAGAAACAACUGCUGAACGUUGUCUCCUUUGAUGGACAGCGUAAGAAGCAUGCACAUUUCAGCACAAAGCUGGAUGACUGACAGCUUUGCUUUAUUCUUAUAGGAUUACAAACUCAUCAGGGAGUCUUGGACUUAUAUACAACCUCUCUUUUAUCUUAUUAAUGUAUUUAGACUGCAGCCACUGCUUAGGCACUUGAAACGUUUGCAAAUAUUUACAUUCUAAAAAGUUGCUAGUCUGACCUGAGAUUUUGGUAAAGGAUUAAUUUUGUUUUCUACCAGCACAGAAAAUGAUCUUCACAAUCAAGGCAAGUGCUGGAGAGAGUUUAUGUAAGGUGUAAGGGAAAGAAUGUUGUUUUUGCAGAACAAGCCUGAUAAGAAUAAGGGGGCGAUUCACCAGAGUGAUUAACGAGAGCGAUUCACAACCAUUAGGUCCCUAGCCUACGGCCAGAAGAUAAACGGUCCUUUUGUCAACUGUGAUGACCCAGUGCUUGGAACUGGCUUUAGGUGGAUGGAGAUACCGAAAGGCUUGGGGAACCUGAACUUUUGAACUUUCCAUCUUAGUACGCUUGCGUGCUGAGCUCAUGCCUAUUAACUUCUCCGCCCUGGAGAGAGCCAAGGUUCAUUUCCAUGAACACGGGACGUAUGAGCACACAGAGGAACAGGCGUGUCUGUACACGGCAAGGCUGUACACCCUGUAGUACUCAACCCGCG